AUGCUGUUCCUCCGGACUGCGGCUCUCAGCUGCAGAGCUCUGACCGCUCUUCGCAGCCUGCCCUCCGACUGCACAGCAUUCAGAACCACCGCUUCAUACAUCCAGGGCCAGAGCCCCGAACCACGUAUCCGAGAAUACUUUUACUACAUCGACCACCAAGGACAACUUUUCCUCGAUGACACCAAAGUGAAGAACUUUGUUACCUGCUUCAAAGAUAAAAAGUUCCUGGUCUUCUUCUUCAGUCGGCUGCGUUCAAAUCAGAGUGGUCGUUACGAGGACUUCCCCUUCUUGUCUCUGUGUGGCAGGGAGAGGAACUUCCUGCGCUGCGAUGACCGUCCUGUGGUCUUCACACACUUGCUGCAGAGUCCAGAUCAGGAUCUUCUGUCAUAUUGCGGCGGGGCAGAAAAGCUAACGUUCCCGUUCCGCCCAGAAGCUCUGUACAUGCAUCCUGUCACAGGACGAGUUUACCACCCCUGCUCAGAGCAGGGAGGGAGUGUCGGCCUGGUCAGGUCGGCGCUGGCCAUUGAACUCAGCCCGUUUUUUGUUUAUGAUUCAGAGCAGGGUCAAUCAGGAGAACCCACGCAUAUUAUCUGGGGAGAACAGAAGCACAAACUUAGCAAUGAGCUUGCAGGAUGUCUCCCCGCUGUAGAGAACAGUGGUGGACAGCAGGGAGAGCUGGGGUAA